AUGGCGGCCAAGCCUUACCAGCUGGCAUUCACCCUCCACGGGCAUUCGUCUGACGUGCGCGCAGUCGCCGUUCCCAACCCAUCCAAACCGCUGCUCCUGUCGGCGUCUCGCGACGGCUCUGCCAUCCUUUGGGGUCCCUCGACCAACGGCAAGGACUGGGACGCCAAGCUGCGCGUCGAGGAACUCGAGCGCGAUUAUGUCAGCUGCGUUACCAGCGUGCACUAUCAGGGCGACGAUUACAUGCUCAUUGGGUCGUCCAAGGGCCUCCUCUCGACCUACCUCAUCCCAGCGGUGACGAACGAUGCGUCGACCGCCGACGCACCCACGAUUGAGCCGUUCCACACCCUCAUCGAGCAUCGCCAGAAUCUAUGCUGCAUAGACGCGAGCCAGGACGGCCUCAUUGCAUCGGGAAGUUGGGAUAUGACCGUCAUCGUGUGGAAGGACUUUAAGAAGGUGCUUGCUAUUGAAGGACACAAGCAGGCCGUGUGGGCUGUCAAGUUUGUCGGCGAGGAUCGCGUCCUCACCGCGUCCGCGGACAAGACUAUCACCCUCCACGCCAUUGACAUCGCGAACGGUCGCUCAACCCCGCUCCAGACGUAUACCGGCCACACGGAGCCGGUCCGAGGGCUCAGCCUGCGCGCCGAUGGUCAGGGAUUCUGGAGCUGCGGCAACGACGGCCUUGUCAACCUCUACAGCUUUGAUCAGCCGGCUCCCGUCCGCUCGCUCUCGGGCCACACGUCGUUCGUAUACAGUGUCGCAGCGCUGCCUGACGGAUCGGGGGCAGUGAGCUCCGGCGAGGACGGCACGCUGCGCCUCUGGUCCGAAACCGAGCUCGUUCAGACCAUCAACCAUCCUUCCCUCUCCAUCUGGUCUUGUGCUGUCGCUCCUCAGGCAAAGGAACCCGGAUUCUACCUCGUCUCGGCGGCUGCGGACUCGACCAUUCGCUUCUUCACGCGCUCUGACGAUCUCAAGGCUGACGCGGAGAGCCUCGCUCAGUGGGACAAGGAGGUCGGCGAGCGCAAGCUGGACAAGAGCCAGGUUGGUGAUGUGAAGCGGACGGACCUUCCAGGCAUGGAGGCGCUUGGACGAGAGGGCAAGAAGGAUGGCCAGGUGAUCAUGAUCAACAACAACGACAACGUUGAGGCGUAUCAGUGGCAAGCCGCCAAUUCCACAUGGCAGCAGAUUGGCCAGGUCGUCGACGCCGUUGGCUCGGGCCGGAAGCAGUUGUACGAGGGCAAGGAGUACGACCAUGUCUUCGACGUGGACGUGUCCGAGGGCAUGCCGCCAUUGAAGCUUCCUUACAAUGUGACUGAGAACCCCUGGGUUGCGGCGCAGCGCUUCCUGGACCGGAAUGACCUCCCAGGUGGAUACGCCGAGCAGGUCGUCGACUUCAUCCAGAAGAACACUGGAGGCGUCGAGCUCGGGACAGGGAGCAGCAGCUACGCCGACCCCUAUACGGGCGCCACUCGAUACACUGGAGGAGGCGUGACGACAGGCAGCGGUGGGGCCCAGUCCGCUGACCCAUUCACUGGAGGUUCGCGCUACACCGGCGGCGGCGUCACUACUGGCAGCACCGGAGGGUAUGGCGGAGCGGACCCGCUGACAGGCCCUUCAUCGUAUCAGAGCACUCCAUCAGCCCCUACCAGCAGAAUCCUGCCUGUCAAGGCCUAUCUGACGUUCAAGAAGAUCAACGCCAAGGCGGCGCAGGGCAAGCUUGAGCAGUUCGACCAGGAGCUGUCGUCGUCAUCGCCUAAGCUCGUGAUGGACAAUGCGACUAAGGCGUGCCUCGACGAGGCGGUUGUCAUUGUCGCCGCAGACAAGCCCGCUGGACAGGAGAGUUACGACCCUAUCAAGUUGCUCGAGCUUGGACAACGCUGGGCCGAGGCGCACCGCUUCCCUCUGGUUGACAUCCUCCGCGUACUCGCACUGUACUCGCCUGCGUUUGCCAGCUGCGCCGAUGUGCCAAAGGCCCUCCUGGUCAUGGCUGGUUGGAGCAGCACCGGACCUGUGGAGAAGGCCAGGGCGACCAACACACUGCUUGCUCUGCGUGCCCUCGCCAACAUGUUCAACAGCGCCGCAGGGCAGUCUACAAUGGUUGCGGCUGCCGGACAAGGCAUAUUCGACGACCUGAUCACGGGCAGGCCUUGGGCCAGCCUGGGCAACGCCAAGCAGCCGUUUGCCACCAUUGCACUCAACUACUCGAUCACUGCACUUGACAACAAGCUUCCAGCUUCGCAGGCUGGCGGUCUCCUCGGCCUCAUUGUGCACAUCCUGAAGAGCGAGUCCACUGACAGCGAAACCAUCUACCGUGCGGGUGUGGCGUUCGGCAACCUACUGUCGUCGCCCAUCAAGGGUAACCUCGCUGUAGGCUCUGUGAAGGAGGGCAAGCAGGUCCUUCUGACGCGCGCCAAGGCGCUUAAUGAGAAGCGCGUGACCGAAUUGGCGCUCGAAGUCUCCGCCAUCUCAGCAUAG